AUGCAGCACUGUGUAUUGCUAGUGUUUGGUGUGAUUAUAUUUUACUUGUGCAUCAAGAAAAGAAGAGCUGUUAAGCAGAAUGACAUAGGUGAGACCGGUCUCCAAAUCUCGCCAAGGUCUAGUGGAGUUCAAGACAGAGAUCGAAACACUGUCUCAGUUCAGACACAUUCAUUUGGUUUCUUUGAUAGGGUAUUUUUUUUGUCAACUUCUUUGGUAAGGUAUUGCGAAGAGAUUGAUGAGAUGAUCAUUGUGUAUGAGUAUAUGCACAAGGGAACGCUUAAGGACCAUUUGUAUGAGUCUGAUAACCCUAGAUUGAGUUGGAGACAGAGGCUUGAAUGUGCUGGUGCAGCUAGAGGGCUUCAUUAUCUCCACACAGGCUCCACAAAAGCGGUCAUACACCGCAAUGUGAAGUCAGCUAACAUUCUCUUGGAUGAGAAUUUCACAGCCAAAGUUGCGGACUUUGGAUUCAAGACUGGUCCGGAUCUUGACCAGACACAUGUGAGUACCGCGGUUAAAGGAAGCUUUGGUUAUCUUGAUCCAGAGUAUUUGACCAGACAACAACUGACUGCGAAGUCUGAUGUUUACUCUUUUGGUGUCAUUGAUCAUUCUCUUCCGAGAGAGAAAGUGAACUUGAUUGAAUGGGCGAUGAAGUAUGUGAAGAAAGGGAAGGUGGAAGAGACCAUGGACCCGUUUCUUGAUCAAAAGAAACUACUAUAGUGUUGUUUGUACAUGAGGGAGAAGGAUAGACCACAAUACUUAUUUUUUUCAGACCCAUUGUUAUAUGAAACUGUAUACAUUGGAAAGUCCUAAACCGAUUAUUGUACUUUCUAUUGUUACAUACUAUUUAUUUGCAUAACAGUUCUUUGGUGAUUUGUUUAAAAUGCUUUAAACUUCACUACAUUGUGGAAACCCAAGUAUUUCAGUAGGUGUUUAGGGUAUGUGUAGCUGCAAUAUUAUCAAUUAAGGCAUGGAUCGUUUGCUACCGUGCCUUUCAAAUUUUGGUGAAUUUAAGAUAAUUUAUUUCAUCAAUCGGCGUAUUAGUUGAACAGUCAGAUAAAAACACUAGCUAAAUUAAGAAGAAAAAAAAAAUACAGAACACUAGCUAUAGAACCUGUUGAAAUAGGUCAACUUACAACCUGAAUUAUAUAGAGGAGUGAAGGUAAAUUAUAACAUGGCCAUGAUGAAUGCAUGGUCCAGUUGUAAGAGCAUCAUGAAAGGUAGAAUUGUUGAAUUGGAUAUCUAAAUAAUAAUAUAUCAAUAUUUUCUGAAAAAUCUUUUAGAUAAUUAAUUUUUAUUUUUCUUUGAAAAAUGUGUUAAUAAAAAAAUGAUGCUUCGUAGUUUCUAAAAUUGUCUAUUUUAGAAUUUGCAAAACUCUAUAUUUGAAGUUUCAAAGUGUUUUUUUUCAAAAACAAAAUUUUAAAUUUAACUCAAAAUUAUUUGUAGUUUAUGCUAUGGUCCUUAUAUUUAUCAUAAUUAAUAUAAAUCUAUAAAACUUUUAUAAAUCACUAGCACAUAUAUUAAAAUACCAUAAAAUAUUAAUUAAUAAAAUCUUAUACUAAAAAUAUAAAAAUAGAAAUAGAAAUAAUUAAUUAAAUAUUUAACUACAAGAAAAAUACCACAUUAUUACAUAAAAUUAUUUUCAUAAUGCUCCAUCUUUGGUUACACAAAAAAAAAUUUGGACAAUAUUUUAGAAGUUCUAGAGCAAAUUUACUAGACUAUUAGUAUUAUUGUAAUAUUCAAAUUUGUGUAAUAAUUAUGUCUUCAUGUAUUUUUUAAAAAAUUAUUAAGUUUAUUUUGUAAUAUUCUUGUUAUCUAAUUCUAGUUUUAAAAUAUUAUAAAUUUGUUUGGACAAUAUUUUAGAAGUUCUAGAACAAAUUUACUAGAUUAUUAGUGUUGUUGUAAUAUUCAAAUUUGUGUAAUAAUUAUGUUUUCAUGUAUCUUUUUUUUUUUAAAUUAUUAAGUUUAUUUUGUAAUAUUCUUGUUAUCUAAUUCUAGCUUUAAAAUAUUUUAAAUCUUAUUUCAAUUUUUUUAUUUAAUUCUAUGUGUAAAAUUUAAAUUUAUAAAAAUAAAUUUGAAAUACUUAAGAAAUACAAAAGUAUUAAUGAUUAAAACGAUAAAUGAAAAAAAGAUUUAAGAAUUAUAAAUGUAAUGUGUAAUUAAUUAUAAGGACCAAAUGCAAAUAAAAAUAUAAAAUUUCAUUACUCAAAACUCUAAAUUUGAAGUUCAUUUUUGGAGCAGAUAAAAUGCCCACCCCUAUGAGCCUGUAAUUAGUAUGUGUACUUUAAACCUAGAAAAUAUUAAAUUGGUAGCAAGUUUGGAAAAUUUGUACAUUAUUUCCUAAAAAUUAAUUUGUUCAUUUUGACUAUAGAUCAAUCUAUGAAUAAUCUAUAGUUUGCAUUUUGAACAUUAAAACUUGAAUUCUUCUUUAGGGUUUUGUUUUACUUCUGUUUGUUGCUUGGUAGCAAGAACAAGAGGAAGUGAUAAAAAGAGAGCCAAAUCAAAACAUACUUGUAUUUUUUCUGUUUGUACUUCCUUUAAAUGUAAAAUGGUUUUACAUUAUUGUUUCCUGGAUUCCCUUUCGAAGUCUUUAA